AUGGUGACCCAGCAACACCAGUUGCGUUGGGAGCUCUUUGCCCCUGCAGACGUGGCAGCAGUGYCACAGAGGCAGGGUCAGAAGCUUGGAUUACUGGUUGUCUUGUCCGAAGCCCCCCCCACGGUGCGCAUCGUGCACGCGGGCCUGGCGUGCAACAUCGAGGAGGAGCGCUACUCGGAGCGCGUCUACACCAUCCGCGAGGGCGAGACGCUGGAGCUCACCUGCCUCGUCACCGGCCACCCGCGCCCACAGAUCAGGUGGACCAAAACAGCAGGAAGUGCCUCUGACCGAUUUCAAGACUCGAGUGUCUUCAAUGAAACUCUGAGGAUAACCAACAUCCAGCGACAUCAAGGAGGCCGCUACUACUGUAAGGCCGAAAAUGGCUUGGGUUCGCCAGCUAUAAAGUCCAUAAGAGUGGACGUGUACUACCUGGACGACCCCGUGGUGACGGUGCACCAGAGCAUCGGCGAGGCCAAGGAGCAGUUCUACUACGAGAGGACCGUGUUCCUGCGCUGCGUGGCCAACUCCAACCCGCCCGUGCGCUACAGCUGGCGGCGCGGCCAGGAGGUGCUGCUGCAGGGCUCCGACAAGGGCGUCGAGAUCUACGAGCCCUUCUUCACCCAGGGGGAGACCAAGAUCCUGAAGCUGAAGAACCUCCGUCCCCAGGACUACGCCAACUACAGCUGCAUCGCGUCCGUGCGCAAUGUCUGCAGCAUCCCGGACAAGAUGGUCUCCUUCCGGCUCUCCAAUAAAACAGCAUCCCCUUCAAUCAAGCUCCUCGUGGACGACCCCAUAGUGGUGAACCCCGGGGAGGCCAUCACCUUAGUGUGCGUGACGACGGGAGGGGAGCCAGCCCCCAGCCUGACGUGGGUGAGGUCCCUCGGCGUGCUGCCCGACAAGACCGUGCUCAACGGCGGCACCCUCACCAUCCCUGCCAUCGCCUCCGAAGACGCCGGCACCUACAGUUGCAUCGCCAAUAACAACGUGGGAAAUCCCGCGAAAAAGUCCACCAACAUCAUCGUGAGAGCCUUAAAAAAAGGUCGCUUUUGGAUCACUCCUGACCCAUAUCACAAAGACGACAACAUCCAGAUUGGGCGUGAGGUGAAAAUCUCCUGCCAGGUGGAGGCCGUCCCUUCUGAAGAGCUGACGUUCAGCUGGUUCAAAAACGGGCGUCCCCUGCGGAGCUCCGAGCGGAUGGUCAUCACACAGACUGACCCCGACGUCUCCCCUGGCACCACAAACCUGGACAUCAUUGACUUGAAAUUCACUGACUUUGGGACGUACACAUGUGUCGCGUCCCUGAAAGGAGGUGGGAUAUCCGAUAUCAGCAUCGAUGUCAACAUCUCCAGCAGCACAGUGCCACCCAAUCUGACUGUUCCUCAGGAGAAGUCUCCGCUGGUCGCGCGCGAGGGAGACACCAUCGAGCUGCAGUGCCAGGUGACGGGGAAGCCCAAGCCCAUCAUCCUGUGGUCGCGAGCCGACAAGGAGGUGGCGAUGCCGGACGGCUCCAUGCAGUCGGAGAGCUACGACGGGACCCUGCGCGUCGUCAACGUGUCCAGGGACAUGACGGGGACGUACCGCUGCCAGACCAGCCAGUACAACGGCUUCAACGUGAAGCCCAGAGAAGCUCUGGUGCAGCUCAUCGUGCAGUACCCGCCGGCCGUGGAGCCGCCCUUCCUGGAGAUCCGGCAGGGCCAGGGCCGCGGCGUCACCAUGAGCUGCCGCGUGCUGCGCGCCUACCCGACGCGGGUGCUCACCUACGAGUGGCGCCUGGGCGGCAAGCUGCUGCGCACCGGCCAGUUCGACGUGCAGGACUCCACCGAGUACACCGUGAGCAGCCUGGCGCGCGACACCUACGGCCUCUACAACUGCAACAUCAUCAACGAGGCGGGCGCCGGCCGCUGCAGCUUCCUCGUCACAGGCAAGGCCUACGCUCCCGAGUUCUACUACGACACCUACAACCCGCUGUGGCAGAACAGGCCCCGCGUCUACUCGUACAGCCUGCAGUGGACGCAGAUGAACCCCGGCGCCGUGGACCGCAUCCUGGCCUACCGCCUAGGCAUCCGGCAGAAUUUUCCCUUUGUGCUAAUUUUAUUUUUGCUCURUCUUCCAGCUCCUGUGAACCCACACCUACGAGAGUUCCACUGUGGCUUUGAGGACGGCAACAUUUGCCUCUUCACUCAAGACGAUACAGACAAUUUUGACUGGACAAAACAAAGCACUGCCACUAGAGACACAAAAUAUACCCCGAACACGGGGCCCAACGCAGACCGAACRGGCUCCAAGGAGGGUUUCUACAUGUACAUCGAAACGUCGCGGCCCAGGCUGGAGGGAGAAAAGGCCAGACUUGUUAGUCCGGUUUUCAGCGUCGCUCCGAAAAAUCCUUACGGAGCAACAAACACAGCCUAUUGCUUCAGCUUCUACUAUCACAUGUAUGGACAGCACAUAGGAAGCUUGAAUGUCUACCUGCGGUUAAAGGGUCAGACCGCAAUAGAAAAUCCAUUAUGGUCUUCAAGUGGAAACAAGGGACAGCACUGGAAUCAAGCCCGGGUUAAUAUAAACCCCCCAACGUCAUUUCAGCUCAUAUUUGAAGGGAUCCGUGGCCCUGGCAUUGAGGGCGAUAUCGCUAUCGAUGACGUAUCGAUCGUGGAAGGAGAGUGUAUGAAAUCAGACCAACCGGCCAACAAUUUACGAUCAGGUGCUGUUGGGACAUUAGCGCAUAUACGACUUAUCCCACUUCUCAUCCUCCUGUCUGUCUUAAGUCAUCAAAGGUGACCUUAUCCUGGCAGAGGCUACAACAGAUUCACCAGGCACUGGCACGAAGAAAGAGUCUUUGUAAAACGGACAUUUAAAAACAAACUACCAAAGAUUCCUCCACUGACUGACUCAAACGUUAAAUAAAUACAUAAAUAAAUAAAAAAUAAAUAAAUAAUAAUUAAAAAAAAAAAGCACUGGGGACAUAACAAGGCAUCACGGGAGUGUAACUCACUAUGAACCACACGUGAGAGCGGUUUCUGGCCCAAGGGAGGACGAGACCUUCAGGUGCUUUUGUGGUCAGUAACGAACACGGCAUCGUCUGGUUGAACUCUCGGAGACGAGCAGUAGAAACCCUUGUCAAAGCACAAAGUCACGGCUGGUUUUGUUUCAGAUGAAUAGUUUGCUUGUUACCAUGGAAACCUAAUGGCCUGCCAAAAACAAACAAACAAAAAACACACAAAAAAAGGAGAGAGAGAGAAAAAUUAAGCCAAGCGAGAGCGAGAGCAGCACCUCACUGUACACAGGGUAUGGAAGAGCUCRUGUCGCCCUCGGAGAAGGUUUGGGCGCGGGCUCAGCUGCACGCGGGCGCUUGCGCCACGGGCUGUCCCCUCG